UCUGUUUACAAACACGAACCAGUCGUGACAGUUCUGUUCUGUCAGAACGAAAAAAGUACAAAUCUCAUCAUGUUUGCCGAGGUGGAUGUUUUUAUUAGCAAUUACACGUUAGUCGAUCCGGAGUUGUACCAGCUAUGGAUCGAAGGUUACUCCUCUACCGAGGCCGUAACGCUGCUCAAACAAAAGGGAAACAUGAUGGUAGGCAUUCCACUGGAUCUGAUAACUUCCGAUGUACUUGAUCAUUACCGUACUUACUCGCUGCUGGAGCGUAUCCUGCACACACCGCCAAAGCUCUCGGAGCAACCAUCAUUCCAGCUGGAACCUCAAAGCCGCAACCUGUUGAUAGAAAAAUACUACUCCAUGGACGACGCGGUGGCGCGCGAGCUGUUCGGCAAGAAGUUCAACUCGCGCAACCGCAAAGAUCUGGACGAGGUCGCGGAGAAGACGGGCGUGCGGCUCAAGUCGUGCCGGCGCCAGUUCGACAACAUCAAGCGCAUCUUCAAGGCGGUCGAGGACAUACCGGGCAACACGAUGACCAACAUCAAGCAGCAAUUUCUGCUGCCGGACGAGCUGGCCCAGAAGUACGCGGCGGUCGUGUUUAUCGCGUGUCUGCGGUUCGAGACGACCAAGCGGAAGCUGCAGUACCUGAACUUUCGGGACUUUUUCGAGUGUGCGCAGGCCAUCAUGACCAGUUGGACUUAUACGUAUCAGCACGCGGGGCCGGACUAUUACGACACCGAAAUGGAUAAGGAAUUUCUGCUGGAUUUGAGAGAAAUACGUUACUUACUUGAAAAGGAGAAGGAGAUAAAAUGCUUGGUGACGAUGCGCCUCAAGCCGACCAUGCUGGAUCGCGUCUUCCAGGAAAUCGACGGCAACUUCCGUUCGUACUGGCGCUCGAUCAUCACGAUCGCCGGCGGGCUGCACCGGACGCGCGAGCUGCGCCAGCUCUUUCUGGAGCUGACGGAGCGGCUGAUCGAACCGUGGAAGCAGAACAACUGGUCCAAGGACCACGUGACGCAGUUCAUGAAGUGUCUCACGCAGAGCGUCCUGGACAUGGAGGUUCCGCGGGACAACCAGGACAUCCGGUGCCUCUGGGAUCGGUACAUGCAGGUCGUCACGGUGUGUCUGCUGAAAAUGUACCACAAUUGAAGAGGGGGCUUGCUACUUAAAUCGGGGGUUACAUGAAAAAAAGCAUUAAACAAUUGCAAUAUUUCCGAGUUUAGUCAAA